CUACAGUAACUAUCUACGGCUCUGAAAACAUUUUGUCACAAAAAGUAUAUUUUAUUCUGAACGCGCGUUUUACUUAUCGGAGCAGCUUUAAGCCUUCACUCCGAGUCGCCAUCUUUAGCGCAAUCAGGUUUUUUUGUAAUUAAUCGGAAGUAGAUAUUUCAAAAUGGCUGACGUAAUUGAAGCCAUAAAGAACUACAAAACUGCACCAUUUGAUGCAAGAUUCCCUAACCAGAACCAAACCAAGAACUGCUGGCAAAAUUACGUAGACUUUCAUAGGUGCCAGAAAAUCAAAGGAGAAGACUAUGAGCCAUGUGAAUGGUUUAAAAGAGUGUACAGAUCUCUAUGUCCUAAUGCCUGGGUGGAAACAUGGGAUGAUCAAAGAGAAAACGGAUCCUUUCCAACCAAAAUCUAAAUUGAAUUGAAGAAAUUAAAAUAUAUACAGCAAUGGAAGUGCUAUUUGGAAUGAUUACAAGAGCUCUUUUGAAAGUAGUCAGUGCUAAUUAUAACCAAUAGAUGGCGCUGUUUGUGUUUUGAAGUGUUUGGGCAAGAAUUAAUCUGCAUUGCGACACUAUUGGUGUUGAUAUAUUUAAAGGAAUGAACUGAAAUUAGGAUCCUCACAACAACAGUAACUGUCUUUUAAAAAAAUUGAAGUCGAUUUAAUUGAAGAAGCUUUUAUUUAAUUAAGCUGAAUACCUUACAGUAUACAGCAAGACAAUAUCAAUAAAAACUAGUUCUAUUAAA